ACAGGCUGCACCGGUACCCAGGCACAGAGGAACACGAUGGAGGCCAGGUUCUUCAACAGGAAUAUGAAGCACCCCCAGGAGGGACAGCGGCUGGAGCUGGAGUGCACACCUUACAACAGUGACAGUGGUGUUUCCUGGGUCCGACAGGACAAGGAUGGGAAACUUCACUUCAUCGUCUACAUUUCCAUGCUUUCCCAGACCACCUACCCAGGGAAUGAGAAAACAUCUUCACAAUUUGAGGUAUCAGGGGGAGACUACAUCUGCAUGCUUGUGGUGAAGUCCUUCAGGGCACAGGACCAGGGGACCUAUUUCUGCGUCAACUACAUCAACCAGGUGCUGUACUUCAGCUCUGGACAACCCGCCUUCUUCCCAGGUCAGCAACAG